UAAGAGUAUUUCCACGUAGCUGUACCAAAUCCCCAGUCACGGUAUAUCUUUUUUUCUGAUCCGAAGAGGAGAACGAACAGAGUCAACAACAUACUGCACACUGAGCUAUGGCUUCCUCCAACAGUCUCCUGUCUGAAGAGCAGUUCCAGUGCUCUAUCUGUCUAGAUGUGUUCACUGACCCAGUCUCCAUCCCGUGUGGACACAACUUCUGCAUGGCCUGUAUCGGAGUGUACUGGAACGCUGAGGGCCUAUGCAAGUGUCCAAUGUGUAAAAAGGCUUUUGAACAGAGACCAGAUCUCAGUGUCAAUACUUUUAUUUCUGAAAUGGCCGCCCACGUCCGGAAGCUAGCUCCAGCUGACAGCACACUCAAACAGCACCCCGCCAAGCCUGGAGAAGUGGCCUGUGAUGUCUGCACUGGGAGGAAGUUCAUGGCCUUGAAGUCGUGCCUGGUUUGUCUGGCCUCUUACUGUGAGACUCACCUAGAGCCUCAUCAGAGAGUUGCCUCCUUCAAGAAACACAAGCUAAUUGACCCUGUGGAGAACCUGGAUGACAGGGUGUGUGAGAAGCACCAACGACCCCUGGAGUUGUUCUGUAGGAGCGACCAGACCUGUCUGUGUCAGUUCUGCACUGAGACGGACCACAAGUUCCACAAGACUGUCCCCAUAGAGGAAGAGAGUGGAGUGAGGAAGACUCUGCUGGGGGAAACCAAGGGAAAAGUGCAGAGGAUGAUCAAGGAGAGACUGCAGAAGGUGAAGCAGAUCGAACACUCAAUAGCACUCAGGAAGAGGGGUGCAGAGAGAGAGAUAGAACAUAGCGUGCAGGUCUUCACUACUCUGAUGCGCGCUAUUGAGAAAAGCCAGGCUGAGUUCAUUGAGGUGAUUGAGGUGAAACAGAAAGCAGCAGAGAGGCAUACCGAAGGGCUCAUUAAAGAGCUGGAGCAGGAAAUCACUGACCUACAAAAGAGAGACACUGAGCUGCAGAAGCUGUCAAACACAGAGGACCACCUCCACGUUCUCCAGAGCUCCCCAUCGCUUUGCACCCUUCUACGCACCAAGGACUGGUCUGAGAUCAGGGUUCACAGCGGUUUGUGGGUCGGGACCCUUAGGAGAGCUGUGUCUCAACUGGAGGAGACGCUUUGUGAAGAGAUGGAGAAGUUGUGUGAGACCGAGCUGGAGAGAAUGCAGCAGUCAGCUGUGGAUGUGACUCUGGACUCUGAUACGGCAAAUCCCAAACUCAUUUUGUCUGAGGAUGGGAAACAGGUGAAGCUAGGAAGCAGACAAAAGCUCUUCCUUGACAACCCAAAGAGGUUUGAUCCUGUACCCUGUGUACUAGGAAAUGAAGGCUUCUCCUCUGGGAGAUUUUACUUUGAGGUGCAGGUGGAGGGGAAGACUAGGUGGGCUUUGGGAGUGGCCAGAGAGUCCAUCAACAGGAAGGGGAAUGUAAGCCCCAGUCCUGUGAAUGGAUACUGGACUGUGGGGCUGAUGAAUGGGGAUGAGUACAUGGCUCACGCUGGGCCCAGUGUCCUUCUCUCUCUGUCAGAGGAGCUUCAGAAGGUGGGGGUGUUUGUGGAUUAUGAGGAGGGGGAAGUCUCCUUUUAUGAUGUGGAGGCCGAGUCUCAUAUCUAUUCUUUCACCGUCUGCACCUUCACUGAGAGACUCUACCCAUACCUCUUUACAGGCAUAAAUAAUGACGAUACAAACUCUGCCCCAUUGAUCAUUUGUCCGAUCAUGUCAGUCAAUCAGUAUGAGAUUUCACCUUUCGAUGAUACACCUUAGCUUUCAGCAAUUGAUUCAGUCAAGUGAUUGUUGAUACUUCUAUACAGCUUUUAAAAAAUCGUCACAGUAUUGGAAUGACACAGUGAAAAAGUUAGGUGUCUAAUCAGGCGUGCAACUGACAAUGUUUUCUACUUUUCAUUUAGAUUGAAUGGGCAAAGUCCCCUCAUACGAAAACAUGUAUUUUACCUCCACAAUCAUGUAGGAAUUCAUUAUUAUUUUGUCUAUUUUUCUCUGUGGCAUAUAUAAGUAACUGCCAAAAUAAAGGAAACGCCAACAUAGUGUCUUAAUAGGGCGUUGGGCCACCGCGAGCCGGAACAGCUUCAAUGCACUUUGGCGUAGAUUCUACAAGUGUCUGGAACUCAACUGGAGGGAUGCGACACCAUUCCAUCAUUUUGUGUUUUAUUGAUGGUGGUGGAAAAUGCUGUCUCAGGCGUCGCUCCAGAAUCUCCCGUAAGUGUUAAACUGGGUUGAGAUCUGGUGACUGAGACAGCCAUGGCAUAUGAUUUACAUCGUUUUCAUGCUCAUCAAACCAUUCAGUGACCACUCGUGCCCUGUGGAUGGGGGCAUAGGCAUGGCAGCCAAAAUAAUGGCCUACCCAGCAUUUUUAUUCAUUUCCCUAAGCAUGAUGGGGAUGUUAAUUGCUUAAAGUGAGACUCAGAAAUGACGUUGCCACGAGCAUCACCGCAGAUAUUCAGAUGAGAGAGAUGCAAGACUUUGCUCUCACACAGUCACACACAGUAUCUGCGCAUGUGCAUGGGUUCGCUUCACACUGUUCACAAGGUAAUAGCCACGGGACUAAAACAGCGGAGAAGUUGAGCCUCACACUUCAACGCUCUUAGUUGUUGCAGAAAUGUACUCACUAUGCUGUUUACUUUGUGCAUCUACGUCAUAUCGCUGAGUCUACCUUUAAUUAACUCAGAAACCACACCUGUGUAGAAGCACCUGCUUUCAAUAUGUUUCGUAUCCCUUAUUUACUCAAGUAUUUUGGCAGUUACCUGUGGCUCAGUUGGUAGAGCAUGGUGUUUGCAACGCCAGCAUGGUGUGUGCAACGCCAGGGUUGUGGGUUCGAGUCCCACGGGGGGCCAGUACAAAAUAAAUGCAUGAAAUUAAAUGUAUGCAUUCACUACUGUAAGUCGCUCUGGAUAAGAGCAUCUGCUAAAUGACUAAAAUGUAAUGUAAAUAAUUUUCCUUUAUAUGUGUAACAAUGAUAUGUGUAUAAUCAAUGGGCUACUGGAGAGGGGGUACUGUUCUGUAUAUUUGGAGGGUACGUUUUGGGAUGAGGUGAAAGGUUUUGUUGGGCUUUUUCUUAAAAUAGAAAGGGAAAAAAGGCCACAGUGCUUUAUGACAGUUUACACAGGUGCAUGUGAUGGACUCUCUUAAAUCUUCCAAAAUGUACAAAGUCUGGUUGGAGAUGCUCUGCAGCCUGCGGAGUAUUGAUGUUAACCGUAAUUACACAGUCCUUUAAUGUUGGAAUUUAGCGAAAAGUUUUGAACAACAAAUCAAUGUCCUGUUAUCAAAUAAACAUUCAGCACGUAUUAUUAUUUAGUGUUUAUUCCAGGGGAGAAGGACUGCCCCCUCUCAUUGAAGCCACACAGUUCAAGGCCGACCACAGUGCUGCAGGCAGUUUGCAGAAAACAGUUUCCCCCAUUGUAGUGAAUGGGAAGAAGGCAAUAUUCAUGGUCAAUCUUUGUGUAAAAAGAUAAAUACAUUUGAAGACAAAUACAUUUGAAGACAGUCUCGGUACCAAUCAUUGCUUCUAUUACACCAGAUGUAUGUCCUUGAACCAGUUAUUUUAAGUUAUUAUUUUUAAUUCGCAGAAUAAGUUUUUAGUUGCUAAUGGCAGAAUGCAGUACCCCAUUCGGCCUCCAACUUGAGAUACUCAGUGAGAGGGGGCAGCACUGAGCUUGCCUGCAAUGUCACUUCCUGGAGUAGCUCAUGGAGUAGCCCACAUGAGAUAUCUUAACCAACUUCUUUGGCUUCAAAUGGGCAGAAUCGCAUAGGUGGAAAACCAAGACUUCUGAUGGCAGGCCUGGUCAUAGCUAGAUAUGUUUGAUUCGCAUCGGUGGACAAUUUUAGCGUUUUAGCAAGCCUAACCCUUUUCCCAACCUUAACCUAAUUCUACUAACCUACAGCGUUAAUUUUCCUAGCCUGCUGCAUAAGUUAUCCUAACUUGCUAUGAAAAGUCACUUCUGCUAGUCAAAACUGGCAGACCUGCCUGGAGAGCAGUGUGAGUAUCCAGUAAUAGUGCUUCAAGUCCACUAUUGAGUCUUCACAUAGGAAUGAAUGGUGUCACGUAAUCAAUGGCUUUGUCCAUUCAGAUAUAAAGUAAUUGGUUUAUUCUCUUGUCCAGCCCAAUUAGUAUUAAAUUAAUUCUGAAUCAUAUUCAGCAUCCUUUUCAUCAUAAAAUGGUCCUCCAACAACAAAUCAACGGACUGUUUAGAGGAAAUGACUUAAUUUUCAUUAAGGAACACUAAGGACAAGAUUUGGUAUGUUAGCAAUGCUAUAGUAGCUGCACUGUGUGUCAGAUGGGCUCCGUCAGAACCUUCAUCAUGUGUCUCCAGAAGAAUCAAUAGUAGCAGAAAUGCAGCACUUGCAUUAAAUAUAUACAAUUUUUAGCAUAACAGACAAUUGUUUUAGUAAAAAAAGUGUAUUGCUACUGUGUUUCCCCUCAUUGUAUACCUGAGUUUGGCUUCUAUUGGUUGCAAUUGGCAGUUUUAGUCUCAGAGGGCCUGGAUAUUGCUUUGGGGCCCUUUCUUCCCCAUCUGGUAAGUAAUCUGGGGGAAUCUGCUUCAACUGCACUCUUAAAGUCCUCAUAGACCCAGCCAGGCAGAUAGACAUGUCUGGGUCUGGACAUCUUGCUGAGCGGGGCAGAUCAAUGUUUCUUUAUCUGCAACUGAGUGGAAGUGCAGCUCUUUCGGGGUCCAAGAAAUCCAUUUUCAUCUUGUUUAUCAAUUCUUGUCUCGUGUGAAAACAUCUAGACAUCCGGCAACAAGCAGAGAGAUGCCAAAGGUGCCUUUAUGUAUAGGCACAAUCAGGGAUUACUCGUCUCUACUCGUUCACAGUACAGCACAAACAGUAGUAAUGUAUCUACUGCACAUAUGCUGUGAGUGUAAUCGCACACUGUCUAUUCCACUAUUAGGCAUUAUUAAUUAGGUAUAGUCACUUUUGUAGUGACAAUCUAGGGAAGUUGAUUACGAUCUUGUUGACGGCUAUUUGUUUGAAUGAAAAAUGUUACUGUGUCUAAUUGGUUGGCUGCUUUGCAUAGUGUUCUAUUCACCCCUCUUAUUAGGCAAUGACCAGUUACAGGUGUGCUUGUCAGGGAGUGCGAAUGAGCUUGGCAGCCUCAGGUGUGUGUGCUAUAAUGAGCUACUGUUGAAAUUUAAAAGGAGACGUGAAAAGUUUCAUAAAAUAAUCUUCACUCAAGCUCCACUGUCUAUACAUUGAGGCUUUUCUAAGGCAUGACUCAGUUCACUUUUCUUAAACCCCCACAUAUAUUUAUUGUGAAGUAAUUACACAUGAAUUAACAGAAAUGUAUGUUAUGCUAAUCAUGUAUUUACUAUAGUGCUUUUCUCAGACCCAAACACGCUUAUGUGGUGUUUGUGUGGCCUAGACUCUCCUGACUACCACAUUAUUCAGUGUCCGGGGCUGUAAGACCAAACGUCUUAUACUGCAGGUCAGGAGUGUCGUUCUACUGUCUCUUGCGGCAUAGCUGUGUGAUA